GAUUGGCUACCAUUGGUUGUUAUUGCUCGUUGAAAACAAGAUCAUUCUGGCAGAUUCCAUAAGAAGAUAUUAUUGAAUAAAGUUGAAAAGUUGUGUGGGUAGCAUGUCAUUUUCGUUUCGUGACAGACCAAGCUUGAGUGAAAGGUUACGCGGACGCACUGGUGAUCAGCUACUUCAAGAUUUAGAAAAAGAAAUUGAAGAAGAUCGGAAGAUGUUUUUUGACAAAGGUCCAAGCUGGAAUACAACGCCUAGGUCUGGAUCAUUUUCGAGGGCAUUCCCGUUUGAGGACUCGCCGCGCCGCCAGGACAUCCGCUCUCACCUGGAGGACCUGGCCCAGCGCCACCCGGAGUUCGCGGAGCACUUGCGGUGCCCCCCGUGGGGCGGCGAGGUGGGAGCGCACGGCAGCCGGCGGGACCGCAGGCAGUCGGGCGGGGACGACGCCCACAGCCAGGCGAGCAGCAGCGGCAGCGAGGCGGCCCCCGGCCCGGAGUCCCGGGGCGGGCUCGCCCACCACGGCCUGAGGAACACCGUCGACAUAGGCCAGCAGCAGCACUCGAGCGAGCAGCCCAAGGAGUCGCGGGGCCAGAGGUCCAUGUCCGCCCCGCCCCCGGACAGCCGGGGCCCGGAGCAGGCCCCGCGCUACGUCACCAGGCUCAACAUCACGCCGUCGACCAACACGGAAGGUGCGCCGGCCGACCAGGGUAAGCCCCCGGUCGCUCCGAAGCAGCAGCCGCCGCCCCAGCAGCCUUCGUCGCCCAAACAGCCGUCGGGCGGAAAUGUGAGGCACAUACCGAUAUUUGUGGAAGGGAGAGACGAGCCGGUUCUGCCUAAGAAUGUCGGCCCGUCCAGUUACGUCCCCAAGCCGUCACCUCCGCCGCCCCCUCACUCGUUUGGCAGGCCGAUGUUCAACACCCACCAUCACUACGAGCCCCAGACGCCACCGCAGACCCCACCCCAGGCCAGGAAGUUCCAGCCCCAGCAGCAGGCGCCCCCACCGCCCCCACCGCCGCAGCAGCAGCAGCAAGCGCCUCCCAAGCCACAGCCCCCGCCCGCCAACGACCCCAUCUCUCGAGUGAUGGCCGUGCAGAGGGACAUAGACGAGCUGGCCGUCAAGGUGGGGGAGUUCUGGGGCAACUCCAGGAAGGACAAGCAGUACAUCUACCUGGACGAGAUGCUCACGAGGAACCUGCUCAAGCUGGACGACAUAGAAACGGAGGGGAAGGAGAAUGUGCGCUUGGCGCGCAAGGAGGCGAUCCGGUCGAUCCAGGAGUGCAUCAACAUCCUGGAAGGGAAGGCCCCCCUGCCGGAGGAGGCGGGGAGCGCGGAGCCCAUGGAGGCCGGCGAGAGCGAGGCCGCGGCCGGCGACAAAGAGCCGGAGCAGAUGAUGGAGGUUGAGAGUAACGAAACGGGAGCGGAACAAGCAACCCCAGCUCCCGGUGAUACGCCAGAAAAAACUGAGUUGGCAUCUGUGAAGGCUCCCGAAGGAUCUGAAGAGCCGAAACCGAUGGAAGUGGAACCGACGAAAGAGGCUGUAGCCGAGGAAGAGAAAGCUAUGGAGGUGGAGGAGAAAACUACAGACGCAGCUAUGCCAGAAACUGGAAACGAGCCAGCGGGUGAUGCUGAGGCUACAGGUGGUUCAUCUCAGACGAAUGUUCAGGAGCAGUCUGUGACAGCGGGGCCAGAAAAAACCACAGGUGCAGCGGAGAGUGUUGCGGAAGCCGGCGGGGAAAGCACCGACCCCGGUGCGGUGAAGGAAACCGCAGAGCUGGGUGCUUCGAAGGAAUCCGGAGCAGCAGAAGCGAGCAUGGAAGCCACAGCGGAGCCCGCUCAGGCUGCUCCGAGCCCCCAGGACGGGGCGAGCAAGGGCAGCGAGAGUCCGCGGCAGAAAGGCAGAGGGGCCAAGGCAAAGAAGGAAGGUGUGAUGACGAAGAAGGGAAGAGCGGGGAAGUCUGCCGAAAGGAAGGGCUCGGUGGAUGCCAAGAAGGAGCCGAGCGAUGCAGCUUGCGGCCCUGAGUCCGGCGAUGCGAGCAAGACGGCCGGCUAGGCCGCUCCAAGGAAGCGUUUUUUGGUUGUCACGUAUUGUGCCUGCAAACUCUCGUUGCAAAUUGCGCAGAGAAUUUUCUACGUGAAGUAUUAUAUUUAUUUGUUUUACUGCUGUAUUUCAAGUAUUUAUUUGUAUGCUGUGUUGGUGAUUUUAUUUAAUUGCUGAACAAGAAUGGCUUUGAGCAUUACGAGACUUAACAUUUAUAAAGUAUCCUACGGUAAUUAACACAAUUAAAUGAACUUUCCAAAGAAUUUAAGUGGCUUUGAUUUUCAGCUGUGAUAUUUUUUUUAUAAUCUAGCAGUUUGAAAAUAUUUUAAUUCAGUCCUGUUUGUGUUUUUGAAAAGUACUUACGUGUGGUUUCUUUUAUAAAAUUUGAUUAAAAUGUCUUGUAUUUAGAUGUGUUAGAAGGUUGUAAAUAAAAUUUUGCUAAGCAAGCCCUGUAAGAAUCUUGUAAAUUAGGAAAAAGAAUGUAAAAUAAAUGUUCCUUUUUAUUUUA